UUUUCACCGAUAAUUUCACACAAAAAGACGUAAAUUAGAAUUAAAUGUGACAAUGCGUCUUUGGCGCAGUCGGCGUAUUACAAUAGCGCUGGCGCUGCUCUUCCUAAUAACUAUCAUCUAUUUGUAUAUUAAACCUGAAAAGCCUGCAACGCAUACACUGUUCGAGCCUCUAGAGCUGCUCUGGUGGCCCAAAGUCAUGUCUUGGAACUACGACGAGACGCGUACGUGUGGCUUCGCCAAGUGCCGCUUCACCAACAAACGCGAAAACUUGCAACAGGCCAGUGGCGUUCUAUUCUAUGGUUCCAAUAUGAACCCGCAUGAUUUUCCGCUGCCACGGAUGUCGUUACAUCUGUGGGCGCUGCUGCACGAGGAGUCGCCACGAAAUGUGCCAUAUGUGCCGCACGAAGAGUUUCUGCAGCAUUUUAAUUUAACAUCGACAUUUAGUCGCCACAGUGAUUUUCCGCUAACCAUCCAAUAUUUGCCACAUGCCGAGGAUUUAGGCAAUUUUGAAUACUAUCUAAGUUUCGCGAGAAAACAGCGUGCUAGCUUCGAUCACACGCUGGCACCGGUGCUAUUUUUGCAAUCGGAUUGCGACACCAUGACGGGACGCGAGGACUACGUGCUCGAGCUGAUGAAACACAUUCGUGUGGACUCGUAUGGCGCCUGCUUACACAAUCGUGACUUGCCCGAAAGUCUCCAGCAUGACUAUCUGAACAAUCUGUAUUCGGCGCCAUUGCUGCGUUUUAUAUCUUCCUACAAGUUCAUGAUUGCGAUCGAGAAUGGCGCCUGUGACGAUUACAUUACAGAGAAAUACUGGCGGCCCCUGAUGGUGGGCACCAUACCCAUAUAUUUUGGUUCGCCUAGCAUACGCGACUGGGAGCCAAACAACUCAUCGGCCAUUUAUAUCAGUGAUUUUGCCAAUGCAGCCGCCUUGGCAGAGCAUCUGAAGCAAGUUGGGGAUAAUGCCACGGCUUAUAAUACCUAUCGGCAGAAGGGGAAAAACCAGAAACUUGUGGUAAGCAAUAAACGACUACAGAAUGCGCUCUUCAGCCGUCGAUAUAGCAUUGGCGAGCAUAAGUCGAUCUUCCAACAAUUCGAGUGCUUUGUCUGCCAAAAUUUUGCAAAACAUAAUUUGCAUAGUCCACCAAAAUCGGCCGACAAAACGCACUACAGCUGCCCGUACCCACCGGCCCAUGCGCCCCUGCAAAAUGCUAAACAGCGGCCGAAAAAUGCGGACGACUGGCGUUCCAUGAUGGCCAUGGGUCGUUGUCAGGCCCAACUCCUGGAUCAGCUUUUUCGGGCCAAUCGCAACUACACUCAGCAAGAUUAUGAUGCGCGCCUAACGAACAUGAUAUCCCAGGGACUAUGCGAUUGAGCGACUUAAUUUUAUAUACAUUUGUGAUUACAAACAUGGCUUUUGUGUAUAUUUUUUCUAUACAUACAUAUACGUUUAUACAAAUAGGAGAAGUUAAUUCCAAAAUGAUCUAUUCCUUCAAUGGACCAUAAUAAGCCACCAUUCGAAUAUUUAGCAUAAUGUAAUUUAAGUGCCUUGUAUACAAAAUGAACCAAAGACCAGUUUAAAACAAAUACUAUGUGCAAUAAAAGCUAUUAUUGUACUUA